CGGAAACACUUCUUAUCGCUUCUUGUAGCAGUUGGCGUAAGGCGUUUUUGGAGAAAGGUUUGAAGGAGGCAAGACUAAGAUUAGCAAAAUGAACAAAGAUGCACAGAUGAGAGCAACUAUUAACCAGAAACUGAUAGAAACUGGUGAGCGAGAACGACUUAAAGAGUUGCUAAGAGCUAAAUUGAUUGAAUGUGGUUGGAAAGAUCAAUUAAAAGCUCAUUGUAAAGAUGUGAUUAAAGAAAAAGGAUUAGAACACGUCACAGUUGAUGACUUGGUGGCGGAGAUAACUCCAAAAGGCAGAGCACUAGUACCUGACAGUGUGAAAAAGGAACUUUUACAACGAAUAAGAACUUUCCUUGCUCAGCAUGCCAGCCUUUAAGAUGAGUUGUAACAUCACCACCAUGUAUUUUGAUUUCUUUAAUCCGUAAAAAACAUGCCAUAUGUUUGGAUUGCAUUUUCUAAAUUAGUCUUUUUUUUUUGUAUGAUGAAUUUUACAUGUUUUGGUAAUGACCCAUGUGUUGUAUUGAUAUUUUUUUCUUGAAGAUUAUUUUAAUAAUAAAAAUAAAAUAUAAAUGUUUGAAAAUGA